AGCAAUUUGUUGCAAGACGUAAGACACACACGUGUCGUCUCUCGUCGCGAACAUUUCCUGUUUCAAUAUCUGCACGAAUCCCCUCAGCUCGUCUCUUUCGAAUCCUCACCAUUCAUCCCACUCGCCGAGACCUGCGACUGUGUCUUCUCCUGUCUCCUUUCAGCUCACGACAGCUCCAGCUCCCCCCCCGCGCUCCCCGCCUCGACUCGACCCGACCUGCCCGACCGACCGGUUUAUACAACCCAAGCCGCCCCUCAAGAUGGCGACCGAGUCUGAGCCAUUGAUCAAUCCCAAUCCCAAGCUCCAAACCUACUACAACACCUUCGAAUCGAGAAUUGGUUACAAGCUGUUCCUCGGCGACACGCGCCAUUUCGGCUACUAUGAACAUGACACACGAUGGCCAUUCCCCAUUGGCCGCGCGCUUCGGCGCAUGGAGGACAAGCUUGGUGAAGCGCUGAACCUCCCCUCUGGGGCCCAGGUUCUCGAUGCUGGCUGUGGUGUCGGACACGUCGCUAUACACAUGGCCACCAAGUUCAAGUACCGCGUGCAAGCAUUCGACGUGGUCCCCCAUCAUGUUGCCAAAGCCAAGCGCAACGUUGCCCGUGCUGGCUUGCCUGACGGUCAGGUCAGUGUGCGGCGGAUGGACUACCACCACCUUGAGUCUUUGGAAGACCAGUCAGUCGAUGGCAUCUACACUAUGGAGACGUUCGUGCACGCUACAGACCCCAAAGGCGUCCUUGCCGGCUUCUACCAAAAGCUCCGGCCCGGUGGCCACAUAGCGCUCUUUGAGUAUGACCACGAGUUUAUUGGCAAUUCCACCGAUGACAUGGCCAAUUCGAUGCGUAAGAUCAAUGACAUUGCUGCCAUGCCAACAAAUGAUCUAUCACAUCCUGGUUUUUUCAAAGACAUGCUUGAGGAGGCCGGGUUUACCGAUGUCGUUGUGAGAGACUACUCGGACAACAUCAAGCCUAUGACACGGCUGUUCUACUUGGUCGCCUACAUCCCCUGGCUGUUCGUCACUUUACUGGGCUUGGAGAAGCAUUUCAUUAAUACAGUGGCUGGUGUGGAGUCAUAUCGGGGCCAUGGACGUUGGCACUAUGUAGCCAUCUCGGCCACAAAACCCGGAGGCACAAUUGAGAGCCCGAAGGAACGAUAACUCAUCUGCAAGGAGAAAUGAAACGACCAACGCCCCAAGCAAUUGACAACGAAAGGCGACGAGACAGUAUUGAGAUGUGGAUUAGGAAGGGGUUUCUGGCUGCUUGGGCGAGGGACAAUUAACACGAGUCUAUGAGGUAUAAAAGGAAGCAGUAUACUCUUUAGUUUACUAAGAAAGAAAUAUCAAGAGUAUUUUCAAGGGCAGCUCGGCUUUUUGUCAUGACCAACUAGUUCCACAGAAUUAAGCUUAAAAUGAGGUUCAAUACAUGGCUAGUAUGAAAUCGAGAUCAGUUUAUCUGGCUGGUUCACCUUAGAUAAAGGAAAUCAAGCUAAGAUAAGCACAGUCAGGUUAACCUAGACCAUAGAUUUCCAUAUAAUCUUCUUAAAAUAGACACUAAGUUACCUAGGAAUAUAGAAGCAAGCAUCAAAGA